CUGACCACCAGGUCGAUGGACCCACAUGUCAGCGACCCAUCAUCAGUCCACGGAUCAGGCAACCGUAGCCGUAGCGUGCCCGUACUGGAACGGGAGCAGAGCACUCCUCCACAGCAGCCUCCCCUCCCAUUCCGGCUCCGCCCACCUCCGCUGCGACGUUCGCCAUUACUCCCGACGGCGAGAGCACGCAAGCUUCUCCUGCGAAAAAGAGGAGGGAAAGUGAUGCAGUUAUCUACCCCCAUAUGCUUCCCCUCCGCUUCACCUCCGCAACUACCACCGCUCCUCCCACUGCCGUCUCCGCGGCCGUCCCGCCGCCUCGCCUCCGUCCCCUCCCCUGGCUCCACCACGCUGCGGCUCCGACUCCCGCUCCCCCCGUCCGUGGCCUCCGCCAUGCGCUGGCGCGGCCGCCGCAGGGCCGCGCCCCCUCCGGCCGCCGCCGCCGAGGAGGCCGCUAGCCCCGACUCCCAGGAGAAGAGAGCUGGUACAGACCUCAAGACACUAGCUGCAAGAUUUUGGAAAGUUGCUGCCCCCUACUGGUGGUCGGAGGAUAAUGCCCAAGCAAGGCUGAGGCUUGCUGCUGUAUUUGCCCUCACAUUUGCAACUACUGGGAUUAGUGUUGGAUUUAACUUUCUCGGCCGUGACUUCUACAAUGCUCUUGCCGAUAAGGAUCAAGAAAAAUUUACGAAGCAACUGCUCUACUACCUGGGUGCUUUUGCUGGAGGAAUUCCGUUCUUUGUCUUGAGAGACUAUGCAAGAGAAACCCUUUCAUUGAGAUGGCGAUCUUGGAUGACAAGUUAUUACAUGAAGCGUUACUUUAAAAACAGAACUUUCUAUAAGAUUCAAUCUCAAUCGAUAAUUGACAAUCCGGACCAAAGGAUAAAUGAUGAUCUCAGUGCAUUCACUGGAACAGCGCUUGCAUUUUCUCUCACACUUUUCAAUGCUGCAGUGGACUUGAUAUCAUUCAGCAACAUCCUUUAUGGAAUCUAUCCACCAUUAUUCAUUGUUCUUAUUGUCUACUCUCUUGGGGGCACUGCUAUUAGUGUCGUCCUUGGCAAGGAUUUGGUCAGCUUGAACUUCAUGCAAGAGAAGAAAGAAGCUGAUUUUAGGUAUGGACUUGUCCGUGUUAGAGAAAAUGCUGAAUCAAUUGCUUUUUAUGGUGGUGAGGAAAACGAAUUGCAACUUCUGUUGGAUCGGUUCAGGAGGGCUUUUGACAACCUAAGUGAAUUGCUGAUAGCUUCUCGGAAUCUGGAGUUUUUCACAAAUGGUUAUCGAUAUUUAAUUCAGAUCCUGCCAGCUGCAGUUGUUGCUCCAAUGUACUUCUCAGGGAAAAUCGAGUUUGGAGUAAUUAACCAAUCAGUGUCUGCUUUCAACCACAUCCUUAGUGAUUUUUCUCUCAUUGUUUUCCAGUUUCAGUCAAUUAGUGCAUUCUCAGCGGUUAUUGAUCGUCUAGGUGAAUUUGAUGAUACAUUGGAUGGAAAUGAAUCUUCUCUAUCAUCCCAACGGGAUAGCAUUGGUGGGAUCAACAUUAUUUUCAAGAGCAGCAGCCCUAUUAUUAGUUCUAAUGGAUCACUAGCACAAUCUGAUCCAUGCAUGGUUCUAGAGAUUCGCAGUUUGACAUUAUUAACACCGAGGAGUGGAAACAUUCUUAUUACUGACCUCAGUAUGGAACUGAAAGACAAGGACCACUUACUGGUGAUGGGACCUAGUGGAAGUGGGAAGACCUCACUGCUGCGUGCUUUGGCUGGCCUUUGGACUAGUGGUACUGGGGACAUCAUAUACCAUGUGAGAGGUUCUAUGCAGCUUCAAAAAUCAAUUUUAGGUUCUGACGAGCCAUCCAACAUGAAGUUAGAGGGUGAAGAACUACUACAAAGUUCCAAGCAGAGAAGAGAUAAUGGCAUAUUCUUUGUCCCACAAAGACCAUAUAUGGUUUUGGGAACACUUCGUCAGCAAUUACUCUAUCCUACAUGGACGGAAGAUGUUUGCCAUUCGCCAGAUAAUGAUGCUCAAAAUACAGAUCCUCUUCCAUUUCUGUCUGAAGUCUCUCCAUCAGAUGGAGUCAGUGCCAAGCCUGAGAUGCCCUCAACUGCUGAAUUGAUCAGAGUGCUUGACGUUGUUAAAUUGGGCUAUGUAUUGCCUCGUUUCAAUGGCUUGGACUCUAUGCAUGAUUGGGCCAGUGUUCUUUCUUUGGGGGAGCAGCAGCGUCUUGCAUUCGCUCGGUUGUUACUUGCUAAACCCACUUUGGUCCUUCUUGACGAGUCGACAAGUGCACUAGAUGAAGCAAAUGAGACUCAUCUAUACAGUCAGAUUGAAGCUGCAGGCAUUACUUACAUAAGCAUCGGUCACCGAAAAACACUUCACAAGUUCCACAACAAGGCCUUGUACAUUUCGAAGUCCGAUUCAUCGGAUAACAAUCUACGCAAUUGGGAGCUAAAGCCCACGGACCAGAUUUCAGUUGAAGAGUCAUCUCCAUUCUCUUCAUGAUAACUUCGGCAUUCUCUCCUGUUUGCCCCUUCCUCAGUUUUCGUCCCACAUUUGGCCUAAAUCAGAAAAUAUGGCUAUCCUGCCAAGGUCACUGCUAUAGUGCUACAAGGUAAUGUUGGACUGUUUGGAGGGGCAUUUGGAUUGUCAAAAUUGUACCAUGCUACUAACCAACCCAAGCUGCAGUACAAGGUAGCUCAUGUUUCCAUGUAUGCUCAUACUUAGAGAAUCAUAUCGAAUAUACAUAUACCGGUAACAGUUGUUAUGAUCGUCCUGUUACCACU